AUCCCGGCCCCUGACAAACCAGAGGCGGCGGCGGCGUCGCCACACGGCUCCCUUACGGGUCUCUGGGUACCCUGUAGCGCUCCAGUUUGGGCAAACUGAGAAAGGAAGCAGCUGGUCCGAGCUAUCUGGCAGAGGCAAAACAAGCACCGCCCGGGCUCGGAAUUGCCCGGGACCUUCUGGAGCCCCCACCUUGGAGCCGGAGGGAGGAGAAAGCGGCAGCCGCUGGAGGUUGAGAAGAAGGAGUGCCUGAUCAACUUUCUAGCAGGAGAACGAUCAUGGAGGUGGUGCCAGCUGAGGUGAAUAGUUUGCUUCCAGAGGAGAUAAUGGACACUGGUAUAACGUUAGUGGAUGAUGAUAGUAUUGAGGCUGUUAUUGUUUCAUCCCCAAUUCCCAUGGAGACAGAACUGGAAGAAAUUGUCAACAUAAAUUCUACUGGUGACUCUACAGCCACGCCCAUUUCCACGGAACCAAUCACAGUGUACAGUAACCACACUAACCAAGUUGCAGUGAAUACCACAGUUACUAAAGCAGAUUCUAAUACCACAGUGAAACCAACUUUUCCAAGUGGCCUUCAAAAACUUGGUGCUCAGACUCCUGUGACUAUAUCAGCCAAUCAGAUUAUUUUAAACAAAGUAUCACAGACAUCUGAUCUUAAACUUGGCAAUCAGACCCUUAAACCAGAUGGACAGAAGUUAAUUUUAACAACUUUGGGCAAGUCUGGUUCACCAAUUGUUUUAGCAUUACCCCAUAGCCAACUACCCCAGGCUCAGAAAGUUACAACUCAGGCCCAGUCAGGAGAUGCAAAGUUACCACCACAGCAAAUUAAAGUAGUUACCAUUGGAGGGAGGCCAGAGGUGAAACCUGUCAUUGGUGUCUCAGCAUUGACCCCAGGAAGUCAACUGAUUAAUACUACAACUCAGCCCUCUGUGGUACAGACCCAACAGUUAAAAACAGUACAGAUUGCUAAGAAGCCUCGAACACCAACCUCUGGUCCAGUAAUCACGAAGCUGAUCUUUGCAAAACCAAUUAAUAGUAAAGCAGUUACAGGACAGACAACUCAAGUAUCACCACCAGUCAUUGCAGGUAGGGUUCUUUCACAGUCUACUCCUGGGACUCCAUCAAAGACCAUAACAAUAUCUGAAAGUGGUGUUAUUGGAUCAACUUUAAAUUCUACAACACAGACACCAAAUAAAAUAGCCAUCUCACCUUUGAAAUCACCAAAUAAGGCAGUGAAAUCAGCUGUGCAGACCAUCACUGUUGGAGGCGUGAGCACAUCACAAUUUAAGACAAUUAUUCCUCUGGCAACUGCUCCCAAUGUUCAGCAGAUUCAAGUGCCUGGAAGCAAGUUUCAUUAUGUCCGACUUGUUACUGCCACAACAGCCAGUAGCUCAACCCAGCCAGUUAGUCAGAACCCCAGUACAAACACUCAGCCUCUUCAGCAAGCAAAGCCAGUGGUUGUUAAUGCAACCCCAGUGCGGAUGUCAGUUCCAAUUGUCCCAGCGCAGACUGUCAAACAAGUUGUUCCAAAACCAAUCAAUCCAACCUCACAAAUAGUUACUACUAGCCAGCCACAGCAACGGCUUAUCAUGCCUGCCACACCACUGCCACAAAUCCAGCCAAACCUCACUAACCUUCCACCAGGCACUGUGCUGGCACCAGCUCCAGGAACAGGGAAUGUGGGUUAUGCAGUGCUUCCGGCUCAGUAUGUUACUCAGCUACAGCAAUCUUCAUAUGUGUCUAUAGCAAGCAACUCUAACUUUACUGGAACAUCUAGUAUCCAGACCCAGGCAAGGCUUCCAUUCAAUGGCAUAAUCCCAUCAGAGUCUGCCAGCCGACCCAGAAAGCCCUGUAACUGCACAAAAUCGCUGUGUUUGAAAUUAUAUUGUGAUUGCUUUGCAAAUGGUGAAUUUUGCAACAACUGCAAUUGUACUAAUUGUUAUAACAAUUUGGAACAUGAAAAUGAAAGGCAAAAAGCAAUAAAGGCAUGCCUUGACAGAAAUCCAGAAGCCUUUAAGCCUAAAAUAGGCAAAGGAAAGGAAGGGGAAUCAGAUCGACGUCACAGCAAAGGAUGUAAUUGCAAACGAUCAGGGUGUCUUAAAAACUACUGUGAAUGCUAUGAGGCAAAGAUAAUGUGUUCCUCAAUAUGCAAGUGUAUUGGCUGUAAGAAUUUUGAAGAAAGCCCAGAAAGAAAGACUUUGAUGCACUUAGCAGAUGCAGCAGAAGUAAGGGUACAGCAACAAACAGCAGCGAAGACUAAGUUAUCCUCUCAAAUUUCAGACUUGCUUACUAGGCCUACCCCAGCUUUGAAUAGUGGAGGAGGAAAAUUGCCAUUUACAUUUGUAACUAAGGAAGUAGCUGAAGCCACGUGUAAUUGCCUUCUUGCCCAGGCAGAACAAGCAGACAAGAAGGGAAAGUCAAAGGCAGCGGCUGAACGGAUGAUACUUGAGGAAUUUGGACGAUGUUUGAUGAGCGUCAUCAACUCUGCAGGAAAAGCAAAAAGUGACCCUUGUGCCAUGAAUUGCUGACUGUUGCACAAAAGACUGAUAAAUGGAACUGUACAGAAAAUUUAAGGUGCAGGGACACUUGAUUUUCUGGAAGAUUAACAAUUACUGUGUUGUUAAUUCAGUCCUUGUUUUAAGAGACCUCAAAUUAUAAUAUUGAAAGAGAAGUAAUUUUAAAUGAGGAAGUAGUACGUUUUAAAUCUUAGUUAAAUCUGCUUAUGCCCCUUCUAAAUUGAAUUUUUCCUUAUUGUAUUACAGAAAUUUUUAAUUUGCUUGGGUUUCGUGAGAAUUAGAUGUUCUAUCAUUCUGAUUCUAUUGACAAAAAAAAUUUAUAAAUUAUUAUGAUACAAUUUAUAAUGUAUGGAGUUGUAUGACUUUGUUCCAGUAGAAGCAGCCAAAGAACACUGGUACUACCCAGUUCUUUGGUACAAAACCUAGAAUAUAAGCAAAUAGAAUGUCUGUGAACAUAUUCAGUUGACAUUUUGUGUUUAGAAAAGCACUAACUUUUUAAGCAAAAUUAGCUUUUUAAGGAGAAUUCUGGAAUAAUGUCCCACUUUGGGAAUAUCAGAGGGGAAGUAACCCAUAGGCAUGCUUUUAAAAUAAAGUAUUUUGUUUUUAAAAAAACAUAUAAAGUGUUAAGAGACAGUAAACUAAAUCUCAGAGGAUGGGCAAUGUUUCUGUAAUAAGAAGUGACUAACGAGUGCUCUGGGUUGUCUCCAUUUUCUUGCAAAAAGGUGGUAUGUAUUUGAAAUGAUCAUAAAUUGUCAGUAAUUACUGGUUACUAUUAAAAUGGAAAGGUGCAUCUGAACAGAAGUAAACGUAUUGUUAUAUAGUGAUAAUAUAGAAUCUCACAUAAUUAUCAGGUAUAAAAUUUGGCUUGGAUGGAGAAAUAAAGAAUAUUGAAGUUGUAAGAGAUGAUGAAUUUAGGGAAGGAUUUUUCAUCUUAAGAAAAGUUCCCUUUAUAGACUUCUGAACUAAGAGGUUUCAAAACCAGUAUGUGACUCUUACAUGAUUUACUGAAGUGGGCCUCCUAACGAAGCUUUCAAAAUUAUAGUGGGAUUUCUUUUUAUAAGGAGAGUUUAAUAUGGCAUUAUUUUUAACCAGUGCUUUGGUAAGCUGAAGUAUGAGUGUUUUCAUAUAAUUACUAAAACAGCCUAAAUCACUUUUGCUAAUUCAAAAUUCAAAAGCUUUAUGAAUUUAAGAGCCUGCUGUAGCAGGACUCUUGAUUUUAUGGCAAGAAAAAACCAUGUUGGAAUUCAGGCAUUUUGUUAGGUACCUUAAUCCUUAGUAAUUACUAGUAUAUAAUUAUUACAUUUCCUAAAAGGAAUCUAUAAUUGUAUGUAUUAAGUGUGUAUACAUGUUCAUAUGAACACACAGAUGUAGACAAUAGAAAUUAAGUAAUUCAGAAGAGUAUUCCGUUAUUCAUUAUCUUCCUUUUGAAAUUUGGAUUUCAAAAUUAUAGUGCAGUAACUUUAAAUGUAGAUAGUGCAGAUAUUCUUAGCACCUCAAUCUAGUAUGUUUAAUUAAAAUUUGUAUAAAUGUAAAUUAGUGUAAGAGGAUAAAAUAAUAUCUAAUCAAGUUAUUUUUCAAAAGAUUGCAAUACCUUUUUGGUCUAAACCUAAACUUCUUUGUUCAUUUUGUACAUAUUCUGUGUUAAUUCUAAUUGCACCUUUGUGAUGUGUAUUUAUAUACAGUGUGCAGAAAAUGUUUGUGAAAUUUGGAUUACAAUUGUAGAUUAUGUAUGAUGGCAUUGCUUGACAAUGUUUUGCCUGUAAAAAUUUGAAGGUGCAAUCAAAUGCUACUAGUUUUUCUGAUUUUCAAGAAGCUAUCUAAAAUAUUAAGCCUUUUCCCUUCCUGUGUAGUACUUACUAAACAACUUCUUUUUGUAUUUAGGCAUUUGCAUCAAAUUGCUGAACAAGAUUAAUAGCCACCUUCAACAAUUUUAAAAGACUAUUUGGGGAGGGUUGGGUAUAUAAUUUUUUAGCUCUAUUUACAUCCCAAAGUAGAAAGAUUAAAUUUAUAUUUACUAGAGCUAUUCAAAGAAUACACUUUUCUAUAUUGUAAUAACAGGACAGCAAAGUAAAUCAUAAGGAAAAUAAACAUUUAUACUAUUCUGUAAAAAAAAAAAGGUUUUGCAUUUUUUCUUUAGUUUAAUACACCACAUUUAACGUGCAAGAAACCUUUUCAAAGAUCUAAUUUUAAGUAAAUUUGACAUUAUUUUAGAAAGCACACAACUAAGAUCUGUCAUUUUGCUCAGUCUCAUUAACAGAUUGCUUCAAAAGGAGAAUAUAUGUCUUCUGUUCUUUUUUCCUCUUGUUUCUUUUAAGGGCAGAAGCUCAAUCUCCUGCUCUUUUAAUGUGUGAUGUUCUGAUGAUGAGCACCUUAGUUCCCUUUUCUCUCAAGAACUGAAAGCAACCUGUAAGUCUUAUCUCUGGACUAUCUGGGAAAUAGAACCUUAAUGUUACAGGUAAUAAAACAAGCAGAGUAGUGACUUUGGGGAUUGUGAUGACUUGGAGGGUAGUGGUGGCAAGUAUUGCUUUAGCUUCCCCAUUUCUUUAUAUGGACAACUGACAUUUUCUCAGUCUUAUGUAAAAUGUGAAUAAAAAAACUUUUAGAAAAGUUUUCUAUUUUUAUUGUUCUUAACACAAAAACUAAGAAAUUGAAUAUUUAUUUUGCACAUGAAGCUUCAAACCAGGACCUCCAGCCUUACCUUUGAUCAUAUUGCAUUCUUUAAGCAUUCUAUAUAGAAAUUCUGGAGCAGCCAUCCAAAGCAGAAGGAAGCCCAUCAGCUAACAAGUCUUUCUUAUUGAAGUUUUCUAUAAUGCAGAUUACUUAAGGCUUUUUUUCUUGUUAGCACUUCUUGAAUACAUGUUUUACCAUUAUGUGUCUACUGCCCUUUGUCUCUGACUCAAUUAGAGACCAAAUAUGAGCUCUUUAUGAUCCAAGUGAUUUUAUAAAAUAAAUGUUAUAAAGUCUUGAUAUAAUUCACUGGAGCAACAGGCAAUAGAAGAAAAACCAUAUGAUCUCAAAAGAUGCAGAAAACAAUGUCAAAUAUACUAAAAACCCUGAAUUGUAUAUACUUUAAAAGGAUGAAUAUUAUGGUCUGCAAAUUAUAUUAAUUUUUAAUGCAAAAAAAGUCCCUGAUAAAAUACGACACCCAUUUAUGACUUAAAAAAAAAUUUAAAAACUCUCAGCAAACUUAAGAACACAAGGGAUCCUCAACCUGAUAAACAGUAUCUACAAAAAAGCCUACAGCUUUUUUGGUAAAAGAAUGCUUUCCCCUUAAGAUUGGGAACAAGGCAAGGAAAUCCCUUACCACCUGCUACUCAAGAAUAUAUUGGAGGUCCAAAACAGUUCAUUAAGGCAACAGGGAGGCCCAUAGACUGGAAAUUAAUAAAUAAAACUAUCUCUAUUUGCAGAUGAUGUGCUUGCCUAUGUAGAAAAACCAAAGAAUCUGAAAACAGCUAUUAGAACUAAUCAAGUGAGUUUAGUAAGGUUAGUACACAAAAAUCAAUUGUCUUUUCCCAUAUUAGCAAAGAACAUUUAGAAACUGAAAAUUUUAAAUUACCAUUUACAAUAGCACCAAAAAACAUAAAAUCUAACAAAAAUAUGUACAAGGUCUGUAUGUUAAAAAGUACAAAACACUGAUGGAAAAAAAAAAUUCAAAGACAACCUAAAAGAAUUGAGAGGUAUAUUAUGUCCAUGGAUUGGAAAAUUCAAUAUUAAGAUGUCAACUUUUCCCAAAUUGAUCUAUAGAUUAAACACAAUCUCAAUGAAAUCUCAGCAAACUAAUUUAAAACUUUAUAUGGAAAGGUAAAACAACUAGGAUAGCCAAAUUUUUUUUAGAGAACUAAGUUGGAGGACGCCCACCUGAUUUCAAGACCUGAAAAUACCAAGUGUUGAGGUGGAACUUUCAUACCUUGCUGGUUGGAAUGCAAAAUGGCAGUCACUUACACUUCACAUAUGACUCCAUUAUCUGGGUAUACCAUAUUUUAUUUAUUCAUCAGUUGAUGGACAUUUGGGUUGUUUUCCACUUUUUGGCUAUUAUGAAUAAUGCUGCAACUCUGUUU